AUGCCAGUACGUACACCUUCCCACGUCUCCCAUUCCACGCUGAAUGCACUGCUUAUCGCUUCAUGCUUCUUCGUCCAUCGUCUCUCUACUCGCCGGGCGUGUUUCCUCCGUCAUCGCGUCGUCGUCGUCGUCGUCAUUGCUCGCCGCGCCGCGCCGCGCUGUGGUUUCGCAGCCAACAAGUCGACGCAGACUUUCGUGACGGCCUUGGUGUCGGGUCUCGCCGUAGCUGGUGUAGAGGUGAGGAUUGAACUCGCAAUAGUGGGGUCGCCAAUCCAAACGUACCGAGGGACGAGCCCCUCGUUGAAGGGUCCGUGCGAAGCUAGACUAGCGCUCAACCUGUCUGGCGUCGAAGCGGACGGCUUUCAUUGGACGUGACUCCGAACCAUCAUCGGGACACUUUCGCAUCAGUCGGAACGUCCGAUGUAUCGCGAUAUGGCAUGGCUUGGGCUGCAACCGCCGCUCCAAUCUUGGCCACCUUCAUCGCCAGCGACGGCCGAGCCAGUCGACUGAUUCACGUGGUCUUGCCAUCACCCCUGACCCAAGCUCGGAUAUGGUGGAAACCCGGCCUAUCUCCGAGCGGCAUCGGAGGAAAUGCUUAGACGGCAACAUGAGUGGAAAUGCGAGCACUGACAAGUGUCACCAUCGUCGAUCGUACAGAUUGCAGCCUUCAUCAUUAUUCGGAACCGAUUUCGCAAGAUCUACAACCCUCGCUCCUAUCUGGUGCCGCCGUCCAAGCGCAUCGAUCCCUUGCCCCCGGGACUGCUUUCCUGGAUACCGUACAUCCUCAAACUCGAUUCGAAGCUCAUCAUUACCCACAAUGGCUUGGAUGCCUACGUCUUCGUCCGCUUCUUGUACCUCAUGAUGGAGAUCUUCUUCCCUUUUUGGGUCGUCACAUGGAUUAUACUGCUCCCCGUCGAUGCCGCCAAUUCGGACGGCACCAACGUGGGCCUCGACAAGUUUACCUUUGGCAACGUCGGUCUCGCGCAAAGCCCACGCUACGCUGCGCAUCUCAUCCUCGCCUGGCUGCUCACUUUUUGGGUCUGGUACCUGAUUCGGCGUGAGCUGGCCGUCUUUGUCACGCUUCGACAAGACUUUCUCAUCUCGCGCGACCAUGCGAUGCUCGCUAGAUCCAGGACGGUGCUUGUCACCGGUGUAUCUCGCGAAUACCUCUCGGAGGAAGCCAUGACGCAAUUCUGCAACAUCUUGCCAGGGGGCGUCAAGCGCGUCUGGAUCGUCAGGUUCGUUUCCGUGAUCGGGUUACGCUGAGAUUGAAUUUUUGAGCCUGCCUGACCCUGAGUGAGUCAUCGCGUGCAGAGACCUGAAGGAGCUACCCGACUUGUACGACCGUCGACGCAAGGCAUGCAAAAAGCUCGAAUCGGCCGAGUUCAAGCUGCUUCGCACCGCCGCCAAAAUGAUUACCGCCAAGAACAAGAAGCAACGCAAGGAGUCAAAGAAGCAGAGCAAGCUCGACGAGGUCGAAAUGUCGACCAAGAACGAAGAUGGAUCCAUCCCCGACUCGAUCCAAGAGCUGGUACCCAAUCAUCAACGCCCCAAGCACAAGCUUGGCGCGCUGGGGAUCUUUGGUGAAAAGGUCGACACGAUCGAAUGGGCGAGAGCAGAGAUCGCGACGACAACGGAGCAACUCGAGGCAGGUCGUGCCGAACUGUACUCCUCGCAGGGCUUUGAGACCUACCCUCCUCAGUCGGCUGCGUUUAUCCAGUUCAACGAGCAAAUCGCGGCGCACAUGUUCUCCCAACUGCUGUGCCACCACACGCCGCUGCGCAUGUCUGCGAAAUGGGUCGAGGUCGAUCGCGAGGACGUCAUCUGGAGGAACUUGUCCGUCAACCCUUCGAAUGGAACGCUGCGUUAUGCCGCUUCAUGGGGUGCUACGAUUGGUUUGAUCAUCGUUUGGUCGUUUCCCGUCGCCUUUGUCGGUAGUUUGUCGAACGUCUCGGCACUCUGCAUCUCUGCACCUUGGCUAGCCUGGCUGGUAGGCUGUCCCAGACCUUCAAAAGCGCUCUGCGAGCUUCACUGACCCAAGAUUCUGUUCUGGCUCAACAGUGCAAAAUCCCAGUCCCGCUGAACGGUAUCAUACAGGGAGCUCUACCCCCUGUGGCGUUGGCAGUCCUCUUCAUCCUGCUGCCCAUCAUCCUGCGCAUCUUUGCCCGAGUCGAAGGAAUUCCGCUGCGCUCUCAAAUCGAGCUGUCGCUUAUGGAUCGCUACUUCUUGAUUCUCGUCAUCCAUGGAUUCCUCGUUGUCACCCUCGCCAGUGGUUUGGUCAAGGCGAUUCCCGUCAUCUCCAAGAACCCAGGAAGCGCCGUGACAUUGCUCGCGACCCAACUCCCUUCGGCCAGCAACUUCUUCUUGACCUACUUUUGUACUACAGCAAUAGCUGCUGCGGCCGGAGGAUUGUUGCAGAUCGUUACACUCGCCAUUUUCUACCUCAAGUUGUUCCUGCUCGGUUCGACGCCUCGUUCGGUGUUCUCGAUUCGUUACCACAUGUCGACGACUGAAUGGGGUACCAUGUUCCCCGCUACCACGCUGUUGACCGUCAUUGGCUUGUCGUACUCGAUCAUCUCGCCGCUUAUUACCGGGUUCGCCCUUUUCGCCUUCUUCCUGUACUGGUUCUUGUACAAGGUGAGCCAACCAGUUCAUUACUCCUUCUCGUUGUGCGCGGUUGACUGACGCGAACACCCUUUCCACAGUACUUGUUCUCUCUCGUCCUCGACACGCCCCGGGAAGCCGAAACAGGUGGCCUCUUCUACCCCAAGGCAAUCACGCAUAUCUUCGUCGGCCUUUACAUCGAACUCGUCUGCCUCGCCGGAUUGUUCUUCCUCGCCCGCGAUUCGAGGGGAAAAGCCAUCUGCAUCCCCCACGGUGCAUUGACGAUCGUCUUGAUCGUGUUCACGGCCUUGUUCCAGAUGACGAUGAAAUCGGGGUAUGAUCCGUUGAUUGCGAAUUUGCCGCUGAGCAUUGCGGGCAAGAUGGCGGAGAGGCAGGCGGUGUACGAUGAUGUUGAAUCUUCGGAGAGUCCCAAGAUGGGUGGAGGGGAGAAGGGACCGAGGGAGGACGAAGGAAUGAGUGAGUUUGGGUUUGGAGAGGGUAAGGAGGGGAAUGCGAUGGUGAGGAGAUGCUGACUUCUGGGCUUGACUUUCGACAGGCUACCCUCCUGAACCGGCGAUGAAGCGACCGGAGAAGCAAGGGACGGGCGUACCAGCUGCCAGGGUCGAUCGAGAAGGAACUUUACCAGGAGAAGAACAUCUCGACCAAAGGGCGUUCGAUCCGCCCGCGACUUAUGAGGUGCGUAGCACGGUCUGAGUUAUGGCCUUCCACUCACUAAUAGGGCUUCAUCCCCACCUCGAACUUCAUGCAGGGCUAUCCGACCGUUUGGAUCCCUCAAGACCAAGCCGGGUAUUGGCGAGCGGAACUCGAAGCCUCGCAAGCUGCAGGCGUGGAUGUGAGCUCGGAAGGGGCGAUGAUGGAUGAAAAGGGGCAUGUGCAUGUCGCGCGUGCACCACCGGGCGAGGAUUGGGAUCCGACGCAGGAUGUGUGA